AUGGCGGCGGCGGCGGAGCGCGUGCCGGGCGCGGCGCCGGCGGGAUACGCGGCGCUGGCGGUGAAGUUCGGCCCGCGGCAGCGCUCGCCCCACUGCCUCUUGGUGAGGGAGCACCGGGUGCGGGACGGGGCCGGCGCCGCGCACCCGCCCCGCCGCACCCUCUUCGUGCUCAACGUGCCCCCCACCUGCGGCCCGGAAUCCCUGUCCAGGCUGUUCCUCAGCUGUGGGCACGUUCAGUCUGUGGACAUCUGUGAUAAGCCAGAAAUAGCAGAGAAAAGAGACACACUCAAGUCCAAGUUCUUCAACCCCAAAACGACAAAGGGUUUCCGAGUAGCGUACGUGGUGUUCAGGAGCCCAGCCGGCGUCCAGGCAGCCAAAGCCCUGGCGCAGAGAGGGCCCUUGCAGAUAUCAACAGAGAGUCACCCGGUGAAAACUGGCAUUAGCAAGUGGAUCGCCAGCUACGCGGGCUCCGUGGUGGAUCGUGAAGAGCUGAAGGCUGAGGUGGAUGCCUUCAUGCAGGACUAUGACAAGCAGGUAGCAGAGGAAGAAGCCAAAGCGGCGGCGGAGGACGGCGUUCCCGAUGAGGAGGGCUGGGUGAAGGUGACGCGCAAGGGCCGCAAGCCGGGCCUGCCCCGCACGGAGGCCGCCAACCUGCGGGUGCUGGAGAGGGAGAGGCGGAAAAGGGCCCGCAAAGAGCUGCUCAACUUCUAUGCCUGGCAGCACCGUGAGACCAAGAGGGAACACAUUGCCCAGCUGAGGAAGAAGUUUGAGGAGGACAAGCAGAGAAUCGCGCUGAUGCGAGCCCAGCGCAAGUUUCGGCCGUACUAAGCCACCCUGGACUGUUUCCUUGGCUACUUGUGCUGGGCAGGGACGGGCACGUAUGGGCCCCACGUGCCRAAGGGUCUCAAAGAACUGAGGCAGCUUCAGGUUGUUCCUGCCCUUGGAUCUGAGGUGGGAGGUGCCCAGGGCCCAGGACUGAGGGGCCCAGGAGCCAGGCCCUGGCAUCUCCUGCUCUCUGGCCACGUCUGCACUGUCGUCCAGCCCUGGGGCACCACUUGCAGAACUCACAGGGCAGAGGAGACUGAAGCCUUUCC